AUGGCGCGGUCGUCUUCUCCUCUCGUCAACAAGGCUUCGCCCACCGAGCAGCGCCGCCUGCUCCGUGCUCGUCGUUCUUCAAAGCGCGUCACCGCUUUGAGCCCGGAAGCGCUCCUUGAUGCCACCUUCCCAGUGUUGCAGCAGGAUGACGCCGGUGUCGUCGCUGCCGCCACGGCUCCGAAGCGAGAUGCUACUGUCUCAGACGAGACGCUGGCGGUUCACGCCGGGGAGAAGAUGGGGAAGAACGGCGCCAUGGACACAGACUCGAUCGUAACACCUAUCGUGAGCGGCACGACACACUGGUUCAAGAGCUCGGACGACCUCAUCGCGUUCAGGGAAGGCCGGCGCCACAGCUUCGAGUACGGCCGCUAUGGCAACCCCACUGUGAAGGUCCCGGAGGACAAGAUCAGCGCGCUGGAGAGGGCCGAGUCGACGCUUGUCACGUCCUCAGGCAUGAACGCCAUCGUCGCCACACUGCUCGCCCUCGUACCGCCCGGCGCCGGCCACGUGGUGACCACGACCGAGUGCUACAGCGAGGCACGCACCUUCAUCCGCGACAAGCUCUCCAAGAUGGGCAUCAAGGUGACAUUCGUCGAGCUGAACGACAUGGAGACACUCAAGGCCGUUCUUGACCAGAGCGACGUGACACUCUUCUAUACCGACUGUCCGACGAACCCCCAUCUCAAGUGCAUCGACAUUAAGCUCGUCGCCGAUCUGUGCCACCGGAGAGGGGCUCUGGUGUGCAUUGACAGCACACUCGCCUCGCCCAUCAACCAGAAGCCACUCACCCUCGGGGCUGACAUCGUCGUGCACUCCGCCACAAAGUACAUCGCAGGACAUCAUGACGUCAUCGCAGGAUGCAUCAGUGGCUCUGAGGCGCUCAUCUCCAGAAUACGCGCGUGGCAUCACGACCUUGGUGGCGCCAUUAGUCCGGACGCAGCCUACAUGACCAUACGUGGCCUCAAGACAAUGGCACUACGCGUGGAGACACAAAACCAAACUUCAUUGCGCAUGGUGCGCCUGCUCGAGAACCAUCCCAAGAUCGAGCGAGUGUACUACCCUGGGCUCCUAAGCAGCCCGUGGCACGACAUUGCCAAUAGCCAGAUGACUGGUUUCGGUGGAGUCAUCAGCUUCGAGGUAGCCUCGGACCUGCAUGGCGUCAUGAGGUUUGUCGAUGCCCUGGAGAUACCCUUCAUCGCGACGUCCCUCGGCGGGUGCGAGAGCCUCGUGCAGCAUCCGGCAGUCAUGUCCUUCUGGGGUCAGAGUGAUGACGAAAAGGCCAAGAAUGGGAUCAAGGACAACUUGGUGCGGUUCAGCUUCGGGAUUGAGAAGUUUGAGGAUCUUAGGGAUGACAUUAUCCAAGCCUUGGAGAAGAUUUAG